UCUGAGCGCGGACGUGCCCGAUGCUGUGCUCCCGCCAAGCGGACCCGUCUCCGACCGCAGCGCCCUUCCUCCGGCGGGCACGUGAGGAGCUGUUACCAGACCGCCCAGUUUGUCCUUCUCACUCUUUGUUUUGGUCUCCGCGAUAUCACAGCCUGCUACGAUUCAGACGAACGCUUUGCAGGGUCUGGAAAAGUAGCAGAAGUACCAGGUUUCAGAAACUUCCCCUCAAAUGCCUCACAAAUUGGAUGCAGGUGGCCUUUGAGAGGUGUUUUCUUGAUACUUCUCACCACACCACACGAUGAUCAUUUGCCAAGUGAACACAUUUACGUGGGGAUUUUGAAAAGCUGUAAAGGAGCACCGACUGGCAGUGUUCCUUCCUGGGGACUCAUUCGGAGGCCGGGGUGUGGGUGGGCAAUCCAAGGCUCCCAUCCUGGGGAAACGGUACGGGGCGCCUUCUCUGAGGGAACAGUGUCUCCGCUCACGGGUGCAAACUCUGUUGUUGUAGGAGCUGAAAGGGAACAUCAGAGUUCACUGUCGGAUCCGUCCUCUGUUGCCCUUCGACAAGGAGUUUGAUGAUCCAGCCUCACAGGACGGCUCGGUGCCUGCAGGAGUGGUCCAUGCCAUUGAUGACGUGAGUGACAUCCCCAACACAGUCUUUGGAGAAGCUUCCUGUGUGAUGGUUCACAGAGUGCCCAGAUAUUUCCACCCUGAGAGUAAUUCAGAGAGCCUCUUGGAUAAUGCAGGUGGGUUCUGUUGCUUGAUUUCCCCAGGAGCGAGAAAUUAACGAGGCUCGGGGGCACUUCCCUCGUGUGAAGCCACAAGCUCCUAACUGUGGAUGUGUGUGAGGAAAGUCACUUCGCCUACGUUUUACGUUGGUUUCCCAGCUCCCAAAUCAGUCAGCACAUGCAUGAGCGGGACCUGAAGUUUAGAGCAUAAGGAAGGAAACACAAGCCUAGAACCGACGCAGCCGAGCGUGACCUGUGUGUUCUAAAUUUAUGCGAUGGCCGUAUUUACUACCAGCUCAGGGUUUGUGUUCUCUUCAGAACCUGUGUGUUUAUUAGCCUUCUGUACCCAGAAGGCCUGGAAGUAAUAGCAGGAACCCCAGCUCCCAGCCUGGCUUCCACGUGCGGGGAAGUGGGGCUCCUCAGGGACCGUGGGUGCAGCGUGCUGGAACAUCAUCAGUCUAUUAUUCUAAAAAGUUACAAAGAGGUAAACAUUUAUGAUGCCUUUCCAGGAUGAAAUGCAUUUCAGGGUAAACAAAUAGUUGACUAGGGAAAGCUUUUCUUUGUAGAAGAGUCUACUUAAUACAUUCAGAGUCAGUGAUAAAGUUAGAAGUUGGCACUUGAAAGUCCUGAUGGCCCUGGAGGAUAGUCUUAGGGGUCAGCAGGAUCUUCCACACGGAAGGUUCCAGAAUUCCUCAGAACCCAGAGCCCUCGAAGUUUCCCUGAAAGCAAGAUGCUCAGACAUUAGGAAGUGGUGAUGAGAUGCGGAGGGGUACACAGCCCCAUGGUGGAGAGACUGGGCCUCCCAGCUGAGCCUGUAUCUAAUGGAGCCUCAGGAUCUGUCAUUCUGAACAGGAGGAAAACAAUAAGCCCAGUCAGAAUGUGCGACACUUCGCAGGACGACUGACCCGACUUCUCUGAGAAAUCGGGAACACCAAGAAGGGAGACAGGACCAGAAGGAGAGACGCACCAGGCUCGUGAUCACAGCAUCUGAACAAGCCAGCUAGCUUGGGAGUGGAAAAGAUUGAAGAGCUACUUGUGCAUGGAGGAUGUUACCACUGUUACAUAAUAUCGCUGUUACCGUGUGGGGAUAGACAGCCCCUGAAACCACUCAGGCACACAGUCGGUGCUCGGUAGAUACGCAGCGAGAAAUGAACUCUCCAUUAGCGACUCCCCUGCGAAUGAAACCUCCUUCUUGAAAGCUGGGCUGGGACGCGGCCACACACGAGUCUCCGUGUAUUGACCAGAUUAGGCAUCUCGGCAGUUGCGACGCGAAGGAGGCCGCAGUCAGAGGCCCCAGCUCCUUGCUGGCGAGGCCACCUGGACUGGGCUCCAGCCCAUGGGCUCUGCUGAACUCUCCGUUACGGGAGCACGCGGCCUCCUCCCCGGCCAGGUGCGACUGACGGCUGGAAGUCAGGACCUGAGCGACCCCCACGGGCGCCCCCGCCGCAGCCUGGCACUCGGCGCUGCCCGCCCCACACACGCUUCUCGUUGUUACACUCUCCUCAUCCCCUUCCUGUGCCGUUUACAUUUCGGGAAGGUUUCUGAGGCAGCGACACGAAGAGUGAACUGGAAGGACACCAGGCUGGGGACAGAGAGGCCGAGGCAGCAGUGGUGGCGGGUGUCGGCAAGGGGAGAGGGACGCGAGACGCCUGGCUGAAUGUGCUGGUGACGUGUCUCACAACCUGACUUCCCCGGAUGCCCGCCGGCGCUUAUAGCAUCUCACCCUCGAUUGCGAAGACAGCCAAGGCUCAGCUCUCUGGCGAGAUCAGGAAGUAAGCCAGCAGGCUUUGCAGAGUCCACAGGGCACGGCCCCGACCGAGCGGUUGGCAGAAAGUAGGUGACAGCCAACCGCGUGUGGAACAGCCAGCUACCGGGUCCCACAGCUUGUGCGUUCAACGCCUCAACAGGCCGCUUUUUGGACAUGCGUUUCUGUUUGCAGGUGGAUCUCUCUGUCUCUGUCUCUGUGUUUCUCAAAGCUCCAGUAAGAAGAUGGGAACCACAUCCUCCAACAGCUGUCAUGGAAAAAUCAAACGUCUACGGGUUAUUCACUGCUGCAAUUGAAACCGUCCUGGUGAAAUGUGAUCGGCCUGCUCACCCUUUGAUUAAUAAGACGUAUGAUUUCGAGAGAGUUUAUGGCCCAGCAGAAUCUCAGCAAGUGGUAUUUGGGGAUGUGUGCCCGCUGCUUACGUCUCUCUUAGAUGGGUACAACGUCUGCGUUCUGGCUUAUGGACAGACAGGAUGUGGCAAGAGCUACACCAUGUUGGGUCCACAUUCUAAGAAGGCGCGCAUCCCCCCAUGGGGCCCGCACAGCGACCUCGGAAUCAUGCCCAGGGCUGCUGGAGAGCUCUUCAGGCUUAUUUCAGAAAACCCAUCAAAGAGCCUGAAGGUUGACGUGUCCAUAGUGGAAGUGUAUAAUAACGACAUUCUUGACCUUCUGGCCAAAGAGCGCCGCACGGAGGUGUCUGGGCCCAAGCGUGACGCACCGACAAGCAAGGCAGCAAAGCGGGAGGUCUCUCCGCCAACCCGGCAGCCUGUCCACAGUGCGGAGGACUUCAUCGCGCUCGCCGCCGGAAGCCUGCAGCUCAGGGCGCAGCUCGCCACCCAAGUGCACGCCCGUUCUUCUAGAUCCCACCUGAUAAUAACGGCCACUCUCACCGCAGCCUCCCCCUGCGACAGCCCCGCUGACCGGCAGUCACCUGGACCACCGCUCGAGGGGCGGCCAGCCUGGGGCAGAGCGUCGCCCGGGUCCCCGGGGGCCCAGCGACCCGCGGAACAGGUGCAUGCCAAGCUGCAGCUCGUGGACCUGGCGGGCAGCGAGUGUGUGGGUGUGUCUGGAGUGACAGGAUCGGCCCUGAGGGAGACUUCGUUCAUAAACCGGAGCCUGGCCGCCCUCGCGGACGUCCUGGGGGCCCUGUCGGAGCGCAGAGGCCACAUCCCAUACCGCAACAGCCAGCUCACCCACUUUCUCCAGGACGUUCUUGGAGGUGACGCAAAGCUCCUGGUGAUUCUGUGCGUGUCCCCCUGCCGGACGCACGUGGCAGAAACGCUGCGGUGCCUGGGGUUCGGGGCCCGGGUGAGGCAAGUGCAGGGAGGCCAAGCUGGAGAGGGCAGUGUAGCCCCCCGGAAACCCAGGAACCAGUGACACGCUGACCCGUCAUCAGGGAGCAGGAGACGCCCAGCAAGAAGCGGGGGGGACGGGGACGUGGCGGCCGAGCAGAAGGAGCUGUGCUGUCUGCCGACCAGCAGGGAAGGUGCGCAGACCAGACGAUCCGGGGUCGGAGUGCAGUUCCAGAACCACAGUCCCGGGCUCUCGUGCCGGCCGCCUGACCCGGACACUUUCCUCAGCCCGUAAAGCCCCGUUCCCUCGUCUGUAAGACGCCUUGCGCAAACACGCCACCAAGAGCAGAUGUUUCA